AUGGGUAACGUCAUGGAAGGCAAGUCCGUGGAGGAGCUGAGCAGCACCGAAUGCCAUCAGUGGUACAAGAAGUUCAUGACGGAGUGCCCGUCUGGCCAGCUCACCCUCUACGAAUUCCGCCAGUUCUUCGGCCUCAAGAACCUGAGCCCCUCAGCCAGCCAGUAUGUGGAACAGAUGUUCGAGACCUUUGACUUCAACAAGGAUGGCUACAUUGACUUCAUGGAGUACGUGGCAGCCCUCAGCCUGGUCCUCAAGGGCAAGGUGGAACAGAAGCUGCGCUGGUAUUUCAAGCUUUACGACGUGGACGGCAACGGGUGCAUAGACAGGGACGAGCUGCUCACCAUCAUCCGGACCAUCCGAACCAUUAACCCCUGGAGCGACUCAUCCAUGAGCGCCGAGGAAUUCACAGAUACCGUGUUUGCCAAGAUCGACAUCAACGGAGAUGGGGAACUGUCCCUGGAGGAGUUCAUGGAAGGUGUCCAGAAGGAUCAGAUGCUCUUGGACACGCUGACCCGAAGCCUGGACUUGACCCGCAUCGUGCGCAGACUCCAGAACGGCGAACAGGACGAGGCAGGCGCAGGCGACGAGGCAGCCGAGGCUGCGGGCUGAGCCUCGCCCUGUGGCCUCUGCAUGGCGAGGGCUGGCCCUGUGCGGUGCCUGGGGUGUGGUUGUUCUCUCCUUUGUCUUAACACUACCUAGAACCU